AUGGCUCAGACGGUUGGUUCAGAUGAAAUAGAGUCACUGAGAAUUGAAUUGGCAGAGAUUGGAAGGAGCCUGAGGUCUUCAUUCAGGCUCCAUGCAUCAAGUUUCAGAAGCAGCUCAGCUUUAAGCUCAGUGAGGGAUGAUCACGAUGCUGAUGUUGAAUAUGCUUUGCAAUUGCCGGCUAUUGAGAGGUUGCCAACUUUUGAAAGGUUGAAAUCAUCUUUGUUUGAUAGUGAUGGUGAAGAAAAAAGUGUUGUUGAUGUCACCAAGCUUGGCCCUCUUCAAAAGCAUGCAUUUAUUGAGAAGCUUAUCAAGCACAUUGAGCAUGAUAACCUCAACUUAUUGAGAAAAAUCAGAAAAAGAAUUGACAAAGUUGGUGUAGAAUUGCCCUCUGUAGAGGUGAGGUAUAAGAAUUUGAGGGUGGAAGCUGAGAGUCAGAUUGUUCAGGGAAAGCCAAUCCCAACUCUAUGGAAUUCUCUUAAAUCUUCAUUUUCUGUCUUUUCAAGGCUUCCAGGUUCCAAGUCAACAGAAGCAAAGAUAAACAUCAUUAAUGAUGUUAGUGGCAUCAUUAAGCCUGGAAGAAUAACUCUUCUGCUUGGGCCCCCAGGUUGUGGGAAGACUACCCUUUUGAAAGCUCUUGCAGGAAAUCUUCACAAAUCUUUAAAGGUGACAGGGGAAAUCUCCUAUAAUGGUUACACGCUAGAUGAGUUUGUUCCUCAGAAAACUUCAGCUUAUAUAAGCCAGGAAGACCUGCAUAUAGCAGAAAUGACAGUGAGGGAAACACUUGACUUUUCUGCUCGAUGUCAGGGUACUACAAGCCGAGCAGAUAUUAUGAUGGAGGUCAGUAGAAGAGAAAAAGAGGCAGGAAUUGUUCCAGAUACGGAUAUAGAUGCUUACAAGAAGGCGAUUUCAGUCGAAGGUCUAACAAGAAGCCUUCAAACAGAUUAUGUUUUGAAGAUUCUUGGACUUGACAUCUGUACUGACACAACAGUGGGAAAUGUCAUGAGAAGAGGUAUCUCUGGAGGUCAGAAAAAGAGAAUGACUACAGGGGAGAUGAUUGUUGGUCCCACCAAGGUUCUACUUAUGGAUGAAAUAUCGAAAGGUUUAGACAGUUCAACUGCAUAUCAGAUUGUUGCCUGUCUCGAGCAGAUGGUGCAUAUCAUAGAUACUACUGCAUUGAUUUCACUUCUUCAGCCUGCACUGGAAACCUUUGAACUCUUUGACGACAUCAUUUUGAUGGCAGAAGGGAAAAUUGUGUAUCAAGGACCACGUGAUCAAGUUGUAGAGUUUUUCGAGGACUGUGGAUUCAGAUGUCCUGAAAGAAAAGGCGUAGCUGACUUUCUCCAGGAGGUGAUAUCUAGAAAAGAUCAAGCGCAAUACUGGUACCGCAUUAAAGAUCCCUACAAUUAUGUUUCAGUUGAUAUGUUUUGCAGGAAAUUCAAGGAAUCUUCUCUUGGUAAGAAGCUUGAUGAGGAUCUCUCAGUGCCAUUCAAUAAGUCGGAAAGCCACAAGGUUGCUCUUUCAUUCGACAUGUAUUCUAUUUCCAAAUGGCAACUAUUUAAAGCUUGCAUGUCAAGGGAAUUUCUUCUUAUGAAGAGAAAUUCUUUUAUCUAUGUAUUCAAAACUGUACAGAUUAUUAUUAUUGCAGUUAUCACAACGACUGUAUUUUUGAGGACUCGGAUGGAUAUUGAUACUGUUCAUGCCAGUUACUACAUGGGAGACAUGUUCUUUGCACUCAUGACACUUCUUGUUGAUGGCAUUCCGGAAUUGAGUCUGACUACUGCAAGACUUCCGGUUUUCUUUAAACAGAAGGAAAUGCAGUUUUACCCUGCUUGGGCAUAUGCAAUUCCAAGUGCUAUUUUGAAAAUUCCUCUUUCAGUAAUUGAAUCUGUGGCAUGGACAUGUCUUACCUACUAUGUCAUUGGAUACACACCUCAGGCCUCAAGGUUCUUCCGUCAGCUCAUUCUACUUUUUGCUGUGCACUUUACGUCGUUAUCCAUGUUCCAAUUCUUGGCAUCAGUCUGCCAGACUGUAACUGCUGCCACAACAGCUGGUUGUUUUGCACUGUUAUUAGUCACGAUAUUUGGUGGCUUCAUUAUCAAACAUCCCUCUAUGCCAAUUUGGUUGAAGUGGGGUUUUUGGGUUUCCCCACUUACAUAUGGAGAGAUAGGCCUUUCUGUAAAUGAAUUUCUCGCUCCUCGGUGGCAAAAGAUGCUGUCUACAAAUGUUACAAUAAGGAAAGAAAUACUUGACAGCCACGGACUAAACUAUGAAGGAUAUCACUUCUGGAUAUCACUUGGUGCCUUAAUCGGAUUUGCUUUACUUUUUAACGCUGGCUUUGUCUUGGCCUUAAGUUUCUUGAAGUCUCGCAGUUCAUCUCCUGCCAUGAUUUCAGAGGAAACGAUUGCCAAGAUGCAAGGAAGUCAAAGUUCCAAUGAUGGUGAACUUGUAGAAGAAAAGACUGGAAAUCUUCCUCAUCUAGAAUCUUUUAAAGGACGGAUGGUUUUACCUUUUGAGCCACUAACAAUAACGUUUCAGGAUGUGAAGUACUUUGUCGACACUCCUUUGGAAAUGAGAGAACAAGGAUUUGCUGACAAGAAACUUCAACUACUUUCUGGUGUUACGGGUGCAUUAAGGCCUGCUGUUCUUACAGCAUUAAUGGGGGUUAGUGGAGCUGGAAAAACCACACUUCUAGAUGUUCUUGCAGGAAGAAAAACUACUGGCUAUAUUGAGGGAGAUAUUAAAAUCGGUGGAUAUCCUAAGGUUCAAGAAACAUUUGCUAGAGUUUCAGGUUACUGUGAGCAAACUGACAUACAUUCUCCUCAAAUCACAAUCGAAGAAUCUCUGAUUUUUUCUGCGUGGCUACGCCUAUCUCCUCAAAUUGACUCAAAAAUAAAAGCUGCAUUUGUAAAUGAAGUCCUUGAGAUCAUUGAGCUUGAUGAAAUUAAGGAUUCUUUAGUUGGGCUCCCAGGUAAUAGCGGUCUAUCAACUGAGCAAAGAAAGCGCCUCACAAUAGCUAUUGAACUUGUUGCCAACCCCUCUAUAAUCUUUAUGGAUGAACCAACAAUCGGUUUAGAUGCACGAGCAGCAGCAAUUGUCAUGCGAGCUGUGACGAAUGCAGUUGAUACAGGACGGGCAAUUGUUUGCACUAUCCACCAACCAAGUAUGGACAUAUUUGACGUAUUUGAUGAGUUGAUCCUUCUGAAACGGGGUGGGCGUAUCAUCUACUCUGGAGCAUUGGGAAGGCAUUCAAGAAAUCUUAUAGGUUAUUUUGAGAAUAUCCCUGGGGUACCGAGGAUCAGGGAUAACUAUAAUCCAGCAACGUGGAUAUUAGAGCUCAGUUCUCCAUCUGCAGAAGUUGAACUUGGUCUAGAUUUUGCUGAAAUAUAUAAAACUUCUGCUCUGAAUGAGAAAAACAAAGCGCUUGUAAGGGCGUUGAGUACUCCACCUCCUAAUUCAAUAGAUCUAGAUUUCUCAUCGCACUUUGUGCAAAACUUCUGGGGGCAAUUCAAGUGUUGUCUAUGGAAACAACACUUGUCUUACUGGAGAAGUCCUUCAUACAACUUGUUUCGAAUUGUGCACGUAAUUAUAACAUCUUUUCUUUUUGGUGCACUCUUUUGGAACCAAGGAACAAACAUUGAUGACCAGCAGAAUUUGUUCAAUAUAUUUGGUGCAUUCUAUGUUGCUGUGAUUUUCAUCGGCAUGAAUAACUGCUCAACCAUUAUAUCAUAUGUUGCGACAGAGCGAACUAUCAUGUACCGUGAAAAAUUUGCAGGGAUGUACUCGCCAUGGGCUUAUGCAUUUGCACAAGGUUUUCUGGAUUUUUUAUGGCAUGUUCAUGGCCUUGUUGUACUUCAAUUAUUUGGGCAUGCUCCUUCUGGCAUUGACACCAAAUGA